AUGUCAAUACCACUUAUUCUCAUUAAGAAUUUGGUGAAACGAAAUCAGGUGUGGAAGAUGCUAAUUCGAGUUGUUGAUUUUUGGGUUGUAAGAGAGAAAACUGGAUUGCAGCAUCUUGAAUUGGUCAUACAAGAUACGAAGGGUGAUCAAAUCCACGUGACCAUUCACAACCGAGAAUUUAAAGAUUGGAUUGAACAACUUAUCGAGCAUGAAACCUAUUGUCUAUACAAUGGAGAGCCUAUGGUUAAUGACGGCACUUUUGAAGUCUGCCCAAACAAGUUGAAACUUGUAUUCAACGGAGGAACCAUUGUUUCUAAAAUGCAAAUACCCGCAAUACCGCUACACCAAUUCAAGUUUAAGGCUAUUGAUGAUUUUCUUAAUGGAAAAUUCACCACUGAUCUCUUAUAUGACGUUGUAGGUGUUCUACAAGAUGUUGUCAAAACACAAAUGGGUGGUGGUGGUAAGAAAUCUUGUGUCAAUAUUACUCUAGGUAAUGAAGCUGGCAAUGUUAUUCGGGUCGCAUUAUGGGAAGAUUACGCUAAACAAUUCAUGAGCUAUAACAACUCUAACAAUUUUCCUGGUCCAACACUACUUAUUUUAACACAUGCAUGGCUAGCAUCAACCCAAUUAUCAAUUACACUGUCUACUUCUCUCACUCAAGCAUCGCAAUCAUUUGUACAAUCUGGCAACAAGAACUGGACUAACCUGAACGAGAUCAAGAGUAUCGGUCAAAUUAGUGACACCAUAAAGGAUUGUUUUACCACAACCAUCGGCACAACCAAACGAUUUAAGUCCUCAAAGUUUGGAUGGUAUUUUGAGUCUUGCCCGAAUUGCAAGACAUCAAAUAAGUCACAUGGAAAUAAGUUCGAGUGUGUCUGCGGAGUUAAAGAUGUUAAGCUUGUUACAAAAUACAAAAUAGAAAUCGAAGUUGAGUUCGAUAAUCACGUUGGAUGCUUUGUGUUUUGGGAUAAAGAUUGUAUCCCAUACAUUAAUAUGACUGAUAGGGAAUUGAGACAACUAAUGGAGGGGGCUGGAGAGGACAACCCCACAAUAUAUCCAAUACACCUAGACAAGCUUCUGAAUAAAAAGCUAGCAUUUAGAAUCAAAUAUCAAUCUUUGUAUGGCCAAUUAUCUAUUGUCACAAUCCUUAAUGAGCCUUCUGUUUACUGA